CUCAUUAUCACACCGCCCCAGACAAUGUUUUUUCCAUUCUACUUCAAGCUAUGAAUAAACUCAGAAGUUCAGCCCCAUGCUAACUUACCACCAAGAGGUUGGAACUCGUACGAUUCAUUCUCUUGGGUCAUCACGGAGAAACAAUUCAUUCGCAAUGCAGAACUUGUCGCUCAGCGGUUGAAGCCCAAUGGCUAUGAGUAUGUUGUGGUAGAUUAUCUAUGGUAUAGGAAGAAAGUAGAGGGAGCGUACACGAACUCUCUUGGAUUUGAUGUAAUCGAUGAGUGGGGAAGGAUGCAGCCAGACCCUAGUAGAUGGCCUUCCUCUGCAGGUGGGAAAGGAUUUACGAACAUUGCUUCUAAGGUUCAUAGCUUGGGUUUGAAGUUUGGGAUUCAUGUCAUGAGAGGUGUGAGUACCCAGGCAGUCAAUAGUGGUGCCCCAAUCUUGAAUGUCCAAACGGGGAAAGCGUAUGAAGAGGCCGGAAGGGAGUGGAAAGCAAGUGAUAUAGGCAUCAAGGAGAGGGCGUGCGCGUGGAUGGAUAAAGGGUUCAUGAGUGUAAAUACCAAAUCUGGAGCUGGAAGAGCAUUUCUCAGGUCACUCUAUCAACAGUAUGCCGAUUGGGGUGUUGAUUUUGGUAAAAGGAAUAUGUUGAUGGUUAAAAUGGCAUAUUUGUAUAGAAACAUUUGCACUAAAUGGCACAAAAAUUUAAGUCAUUUCUCUAAAUAGCACUUGAACUGUUUUAUUCCCUAAAUAACACUUAAUAAUGUCCAGAAGGAGGAAUAAUGUCCAGUGAUGGCGAACAUUUACUUGAAUAAUGACUAAAAGUGCUACAUUGGGAAAAAACACAUAUGAUGCUAUUUAGGGAAAGUCAUUACUCCGGUAUAUUUUAGUGUUAUUUAAGUAAAUUCUCCUAUUUGUAUAUUCAUCAAGAUAUUAAUCCUUAGCAGCAACAGUUUUUUUGCGUGCUUUUUGCAGUGAAACAUGACUGCGUUUUUGGCUCUGAUUUGGACUUAGAUGAGAUAACUGUAGUUUCAGAGGUAUUGAAGGAGCUUAAUCGCUCCAUAACGUACUCUCUGUCUCCCGGAGUUCAUGUGACAUCAGCAAUGGCAAAGGAGGUUAGUAGUCUUGUAAACAUGUAUAGAAUAACCGGCGACGACUGGGAUACCUGGCCUGAUGUUGCUUCGCACUUUGACAUUGCAAGGGACAUGGCUGCGGCUAAUUUGAUAGGUAGUAAGGGCCUGCAAGGGAAGUCAUGGCCUGACUUAGAUAUGUUACCUUUUGGUUGGCUGACAGAUCCGGGAUCAAACGAAGGUCCACACCGACACAGCAAUCUAACUCAGACCGAACAGAAAACGCAGAUGACAUUGUGGUCCAUGGCCAAAUCUCCCAUCAUGUACGGAGGCGACAUGAGAAGAAUUAGCACCCACACGCUUGCUCUCAUUACCAAUCCUACUCUACUAGAGAUAAACUCGUUUAGCACAUACAAUAAAGAAUUUCCAUACAUAACCGACUCACAAUCUUCUCGACGCGAAAGUGAACAGUGUACUGGCACCUUGCGGGCCCAUGUUUUGGCACUCAGAAACUGCAAAGACAGAAAAUCACAAGGUUGGUCUAGAAAACAUCUUGAGGAUCAAAUCUGUUGGAAAGGGAACACAACAAAACAACAACAGAAAGCGCCGUUUUGUUUCAACAGACACCAGAAAAUGUGGAGCGAGAGUCAGUUUGAUGGGAAACUGCAUUUGUUGGAAAUGAAGACUACUGAGUCUUGCCUUACGGCAGCUCAUAAUCGGAAGCUUAGUUCUGCAGAAGUUGGCAAAGGUUCAUUCUCAGAAUGCAGAUGGGAAGCCUGCCAGAUGUGGGAGUUGAAGAGAAACGGGACCCUUGUAAGCAAUUAUUCCGGUCUCUGCGCUUCAUUUGAUUCGGUUAAAGCUACUCCCGUAGGAAGUCGUUCUUGGAUUGCGAGCGGAAGACAAGGAGAAAUCUACGUCGCGUUCUUCAAUCUGAAAGAAGCAUUGUCUGAAAUCUCAACGACAACAUCGGAUAUAGCCAAGGCGCUCCCUGAAAGAAACUUGAGCCACACACUUAUAUGCUCAGGAAGAGAAUUAUGGACCGGAAAAAACAUCGGACCCGGAAAGGUAUUGUCCAUGGCUAUAAGAGCACAUGGGUCUGCUUUGUUCAUACUCAACUGCAAAUGAUGGUGAUCAAGAAUAAGAAUGAAUGAAAGAUCAAUCCUGCCAUGAAAUGUUUCUGCCUACAAGUUUUGAGUUUCCACUAGAAAAUAAAAUCAGGGGGGAAGAAUUCUAUGGGAAAAGUUUUGUAUGGAAAAAAUAAAAAUCGAAUACAUGCGAAAAUCGCGUAAAAUAUUGGGUUAUCUCAGGAUAUGUUUUGAAGUUGGAACCAGAAAAUGGCAGGGAAAUAAAACAUUGGAGUAGGAAAGAAAAAUGGGAAGAAAAUAAAACUUUGGAGUUAUAAUACCUUAAGAAAAGAAGAGUUUAAUG